AUGGCUGCUCUAGACAGGUCCUGCCUCGUCGGCCCGGUGCCGUUCAAGGACGUCAACGGGGACGACGACCACGUGAUCUCCCCGCCGGAUGAGUACGCAGACAUAGUUUCCGCCUUCCCGAGCAUCGGCGGCCCGGACUUGCACCUGCGGCUCUACCAGGACGUCUGGUUGUUCAACGAACUCGUCCCUGGGUUUAUCUCCGUCCAGCGGCGCUUCACCCCGCGGCCCAGGGACGUGCUCCUCGCGAGCCCUCCGAAGUGCGGCACCACCUGUCUCAAGGUGCUCGCCUUCGCGACCAUGGCGCGGGCCGCCUACCCGCUCUCCGACGCCGACCACCAGCUCCUCCGCCUCAACCCGCACGAGUGCGUCCCCUUCAUGGAGGCCCUGUUCAGCGCUGGUCAGGAAGCCAAGCUGGACGCGCUGCCGUCGCCUAGGCUCCUGCACACGCACAUGCACCACUCCAUGCUGCCUCGCUCCCUCGCCGACAACCCCGACUGCAAGAUCAUCUUCGUCUGCAGGGAGCCCAAGGACAUGCUGGUUUCCACAUGGCACUUCAUCAAAAGCGCAGGGGGCAACAGCAACUCAUCCUUCUCCGACCUCUUCGAGCUGGCAUGCGAGGGUAAGAACCCCUAUGGCCCCAUCUGGGGCCACAUCCUGGGCUACUGGAGAGCGAGCAAAGCAGCUCCGGGGAGAGUCCUGUUCCUGAGGUACGAAGAGAUGUUGGCCGAUCCGGUCAGCGCUGUCAGGGAGCUCGCGCGGUUCCUCGGCGUGCCGUUCUCGCCGGCCGAGGAGGCGGCGGGGUUGCCGACGGACAUUGCCGAGAUGUGCAGCAUCGACACGAUGAGAGGCCUCGACGCCAACAAAACAGGAAGCAGUGGGACGUUCGUCAAGUUCCCGCAUGAAACCUUCUUCCGAAAGGGGGUCGAGGGGGACUGGGUGAACCAUAUGACCCCGGAGAUGGCCCGGCGCAUCGAUGCCAUUGUCGAGGACAAGCUCCGUGGAUCCGGCCUCACCUUCUCGUCGUGA